AUGCGUUUCACCCGGGUCUUGCCUUUCUCUUCCAGCACCAUCAGCAGUGCCUCCCGCGUGACAUCUUGCAAUCCAACCGUGGGCAGUGAUCCUGCUGAUGUUGGUGAGAGUUUUGUCGAACGUAGUUGCCUGGAGAGCCCGUGGCCGGCGCGCGGGCACCUGGCGGGCCCCAUGGAGUACCAGUACCAGCGCCCGGCGGGCGCCAACGGCAGCCUCAACGGCAGCGCGGCGGGGCCGCGCGCGGGCCCCCCCUACCCCCUGCACGUCACGCUGGCGCUGGUGGGCCUGGCGGGGCUGCUCAUGCUCGUCACCGUCUUCGGCAACGUGCUGGUCAUCAUCGCCGUCUUCACCAGCCGGGCCCUGAAGGCGCCGCAGAACCUCUUCCUGGUGUCGCUGGCCUCGGCCGACAUCCUGGUGGCCACCCUGGUCAUCCCCUUCUCCCUGGCCAACGAGGUGAUGGGCUACUGGUACUUCGGCAAGGUGUGGUGCGAGAUCUACCUGGCGCUGGAUGUGCUGUUCUGCACCUCGUCCAUCGUGCACCUCUGCGCCAUCAGCCUGGACCGCUACUGGUCCAUCACGCAAGCCAUCGAGUACAACCUCAAGCGCACGCCGCGCCGCAUCAAGUGCAUCAUCGUCAUCGUCUGGGUCAUCUCGGCGGUCAUCUCCUUCCCGCCGCUCAUCUCCAUCGAGAAGAAGAGCGGGCAGCAGGCCGACCAGCGGGCGGCGGGCUGCAAGAUCAACGACGAGAAGUGGUACAUCAUCUCCUCCUGCAUCGGCUCCUUCUUCGCCCCCUGCCUCAUCAUGAUCCUGGUGUACAUGCGCAUCUACCAGAUCGCCAAGAGCCGGACCCGCGUGCCGCCCGGGCGGCGGGGCGAGCCCUCGGAGAAGAGGCAGAACGGGCUGGCCGACAAGGAGGCCGCGCCCGCCACCACCAAGCUCAACGGGGACAAGGCGGCGGGUGGCGCGGACCAGGAGAGGGAGGUCAACGGCUUGGACAUGGAGGAGACGUCCUCUUCCGAGCACCAGGAGACCCACCCGAGUAAGAAGCCGGAGAAGCCGCCCAGGGGCAAGGCCAAGACCAAGCUGAGCCAGAUCAAGCCGGGGGACAGCUUGCCCCAGCAGGCGGAGGAGGAGAGGGGUGCCAAAGGGUCGCGCUGGCGGGGGAGGCAGAACCGGGAGAAGCGCUUCACGUUUGUGCUGGCCGUGGUGAUCGGGGUCUUUGUGGUCUGCUGGUUCCCCUUCUUCUUCACCUACACGCUCACGGCGGUGUGCAAGAGCUGCUCCGUGCCCGAAACCCUCUUCAAGUUCUUCUUUUGGUUCGGCUACUGCAACAGCUCCCUGAACCCCGUCAUCUACACCAUCUUUAACCACGACUUCAGGAGGGCCUUCAAAAAGAUCCUCUGCAGGAUGGACCGGAAAAGGAUCGUGUGAUGAGCGGACGGUGCAGGGCUUGGCCACGCGAGAGAGAGAAGCGCAGGUCCCUUGGGCUGGUUUUGCAGGUGGGGUCGUCCCCUCCUUUUCAAAACUGCGAUGAGACGAGCUCUGAACGCACUGGGCAGCAAAACCACAGGAGCGACAGCAGGCAAGC